CCGGCAGCAAUAAGUCCGUCACGCUGUGCUGCGCAGCACGGUUAUUUUGGUCCGUGAUAGGCAGCCGAGUCGACAUUUUGUUUUGAUGCUGUGACGCAUCACGCAAGCAAAUAAAAAUGCCAUUGAACGCCGUAGGAUGGAGUUCUGAAGAAGACGAAAAACUAAUCGAAUUAGUGGAACCCUAUAGGCAUUUGUAUUGUAUGCAAGACCACUCAAGAAAGAAUAUCCUAGCGCGAGAAUCUACUUGGCAAAUCAUUUCACAAGAAUUAUCGAAACCAGUUGAUGAAUGCAAGAAAAGAUGGCGCGGCCUUCGCGACAGCUACAGUCGGAGUAAGAGAAUGGGAGCAAUACACAAGUCAAAAGUACCAAUAUAUGAGAAACUGCAGUUCCUCAGUGCUAUGCCACUAGACAAUAUUUCCAUGGAGGGAGGUGAAACAGAGAAUGAAGAGCAAACUAAUGAACAAGAGGUUGAAAAUGAGCAAGAGAUUGAGAAUGAGCAACAAGUUAUAAUGGAUGGUCAGGAGUAUUAUGAACAUGAUUAUGAGCUCACACUUGUCAACGGUGGAACAAACCGAGAAGAGGACAUUAAGCCUCAGAUUAUAAAAAUUCUGCCAAAAACUGUAGAAAUUGAACACAAGCCAGUAAGACAGCCACCCAAAAAGGUUGUUAGACAAAAACCAGGAAGAAAACGAUCUACGCCCCUCCCAAGGAACAUACCACCAGUUAAAAUACUACCAAAGCCUAUCAUUAUGAGUGAGCCUAGGAUAAUAAAAUGUGUGGAUGAUACCAAAAGGCUUGAGGAACGGUCCCAGGCCAUAGACAAGCUAAUUGAGAAAAUGCUUAAAGAAAACACCAACGAAAUUGACGUCUUCUUCAGAAGUAUGGCAGCAAGUGUGAAGAAAUUACAGCCAAACCUUAUUCCUAAAGUCAAAAUGGAGGUGUGCAACGUAAUCGCAAAAUACGAAAUGCAAAGUUUCGAGAAGAAUUCACAGAACUUUUGAGUAAUUUGGACGUGGAUGAUAAUUUUAUGAUAUAAACUUAGUUAUAAUUAUUAUCAUACAUAGUAUGUGAAUAUAUUAUGUUUUAUUCU